AUGGCUCUUGAGGUUGCUGUCAAGGCCGCUGUUGGUGCUCCAACUUUGCUCGGAGACUGUCCAUUUUCACAAAGGGUCCUAUUGACUUUAGAGGAGAAGAAGAUCCCCUACAAACUGCACCUAAUCGAUCUCAGUAACAAACCCGAAUGGUUUUUGAGUGUGAACCCUGAAGGAAAGGUGCCGGUGGCUCUUUUUGACGGAAAAUGGGUGGCUGAUUCUGACAUAAUUGUGGGGAUACUCCAAGAAAAGCACCCGGAACCCUCUCUUAUCACUCCUCCUGAAUUUUCCUCCGUGGGAUCUAAGAUAUUUGGGUGUUUUGUGAGUUUUUUGAAGAGCAAGGAUCCAAAUGAUGGAACAGAGCAAGCGUUGCUGGCGGAAUUGACCGCUUUGGAUGAACAUCUCAAGGGCCAUGGUCCAUUCGUUGCUGGGGAGAAAGUCACCGCUGUUGACCUGAGUUUGGCACCAAAACUGUACCAUCUAGUGGUAGUACUUGGCCAUUUCAAGAAGUGGAGUAUUCCAGAAAGUUUGGCACAUGUCCACAACUACACCCAGCUGCUCUUCUCCCGUGAGUCAUUUGAGAAAACCAAGCCUGCAAAGGAGGAAUUUGUUAUUGCUGGAUGGGCACCUAAAGUGAAUGGUUGA